AUGCCUUCGCACGGUGUCUUCGUGGCCCUCGCUGCCGCCUCUGUCUCCCUCUUCGCCGCCGGCUCCUCCGCUGAGACCGUCUUGGGCGCCUAUAUCUUUGCGCGUCAUGGCGACCGCACCUCCAAGUCGACCCCGCCCGCUGUGCUCACCGAGCUGGGCUACCGCCAGGUCGUCAUGACCGGCCAGUUCUACCGCGACAGAUACCUUGCCUCCUCCUCGCAGUCACGCAUCCAGGGCAUCAACGGAGAUAUCAUCAGAGCCGGCCAGGUGUCUGCCUCUGCACCCGCCGACGACGUGCUGCAGAAAUCCGCCACCGCCUUCUUCCAGGCGCUGUAUCCGCCCGCGGGCAAUGCCGCAAAGAGCCGGCUCCGCAAUGGCACCGAGAUCGAAUCGCCCAUGAACGGAUACCAGCUGGUGGCCAUUGAGAAGACCGGCUCUGGUAAGAAUAGCGAGAACCUCGCCUGGCUACAGAGUGCCACCAAGUGCGAGAAUGCCAAAGUCAGCAGCGCCAACUACUUCAACUCCAAGUCGUUCAAGAGCACCCUGGACGCCACCAACGACUUCUACAAGUCGCUCACGCCCAUGCUCAAGAACACCUUCUCGCCCGACAAGAUCAACUACAAGAACGCCUACGCCCUCUUCGACCUGCUGAACGUUGCCAGCAUCCAGAACUCCAGCGACAAUUUCCCCUCCGCGGACCUGCUCACUCCCCAGACCUACGCCCGUCUCUUCCACCUCGCCAGCGAACACCAAUACAACCUGGCCUACAACGACUCCGAGCAGGUCCGCGCCAUCAGCGGCUCCGUGCUGGGCGGCGACGUCCUCGCCGCCUUCAAGGGCCUGAUCGCCUCCAAGGGGCAAGGCACCAAGCUCGGCGUCCAAUUCGGCGCCUACGCAACCUUCCUCUCGUUCUUUGGCCUCACGGAGCUCCCCAAGUUCAAUAAUGAUUUCUUUGGCAUCCCCAACUACGCCUCAGCGAUGGCCUUUGAGCUCGUGACCAACGCAUCAACCUCGUCCUUCCCGGACCCGGCCGAUAUCAGCGUGCGGUUCCUCUUCAACAACGGCACGAUUCUGGCCAAUGGCCGAGCAAACGAGUUCCCUCUCUUCAACCAGCCCAAGACCGUUCUGCCUUGGUCAGAAUUUUCCUCGCGCUUGGAGAAAGUCAGCAUUACGUCCCAGGAGCAAUGGUGCAAAGUCUGUGGCGGCGGUCCGGAUUGCGGUGGUGUUCCUCUCAAAUCCUCCUCCGCCGGCACCGGAAAAACUGGUGGGUUGACCACAGUGCAGGCGGGUGUGAUUGGCGCUAUGGUCACAUUGGCCGUGGUCCUGGGCGUUCAGCUCCUGGUCAUGCUAGUUGCAGGAUUUAGGUUUGUGAGCAAGGCGACUCUGUAUCGGUCCAGGGAGGUGUCGGACAAAGCAUCUGCUUAA